CAGCUUUUUGCUGUGUCAAACCGCGGAGGGACGCCGGUUGGAAUGUCGGUGAUCGCAUAUGGGUGAUCGCAUUCAUCGUGUACCAAUGGGAUUCCAUGGGAUCUUCUCUUCGCCAAUUCGGACCUGCGAACGCGCAUUCUGAGCCGUGAAUGCCGGCGGUUGCGUUUGCAUCGGUGCACAUCAACGGCGACGGCUCGCCCAGACUACCUCCGGAACAACAUCGGCAGGGAAGUACUUUAUUUCCGCAGAAUCUGAAGAGUAAGGUCAGAGGUCAAAAGUCGCGCGCAUCCGGAGGAUCCUCUUUCCCGCGCGAGAGCGACUUUCGUAGGAGCCUUUCGGCCUUCCGAUGAGGCCGAAAAUAGGCGCAAAAUUAAUUCCACCAUGAGAGAUGUCGCGAGACUCGUGCAGGUGCGCGUCGUCUCCAGGAGCGACUCGUGACGACGCCGUCCGGCCUUUGACCGCAGUGAAAUUCAAUCCCGACAAGAAGUCCCUCAAAACGAACGCCUGAUAUUAAGAAAUUUUUCGGCGAAACAGAGCGAUCCUGCAGGACCUGCUUAAAGGAAGGAGUCGACGUUCGCGGGUUGCUUCCUCCGAUAAGCUGACCCGGAAGAAGAAUGGCGUACGAGAACGCGGAGCGGCGAAGAACGAUGAGAGGCUGCGCGGAGCGUCUGGGCCGAAUUGCGUCGAGACGUGUGCCGAUCGUCGCGUGGCUGCCAAAAUACAACACGGAGAAGUUCCUCAGCGAUGUAAUCGCUGGCGUCACCGUCGGUCUCACAGUUAUGCCGCAGGGCCUCGCGUACGCGACCCUGGCCGGCUUGGAGCCUCAGUACGGUCUUUACUCGGCGUUCAUGGGAGCGAUGGUCUACGUGAUAUUCGGCUCCUGUAAGGACAUCACGAUCGGUCCUACCGCGCUCAUGGCGCUAAUGACACACGAUUACGUGCAAGGGAGAAACGCCGAUUUCGCCAUACUCCUCGCAUUCUUGUCCGGCUGCCUGCAAUUAUUAAUGGCAUGCUUGCGUUUAGGCGUGCUGAUAGACUUCAUCUCGAUACCGGUGACCGUCGGCUUCACAUCGGCGACGUCCGUCAUAAUCGUCGCCUCGCAGCUGAAAGGCCUGCUCGGUCUAAGGAUCUCGUCGCAGGGAUUUAUGGACACUUUGGCGAAGGUGUUCGAGAACAUCGGCGACACGAGCUUCUGGGACACCACGAUGAGCUUCUCCUGCAUUGCGAUUCUCCUGUUCUUCAGGAAGAUGAAGGACAUCAAGCUGCAGGCCGCCGGCAAGAAACCGAAGAGCUACCAGCACGUGAUCGCGAAGACGAUAUGGCUAAUCUCGACGGCGCGGAACGCCAUCAUCGUGAUCGUCUGCUCCGCCAUCGCCUACAAAUUUCAUUCGCCCGACACGGGAGAAUCCCCGUUCAUCCUGACUGGCCCCGUGAGAUCCGGUCUUCCCGCCUUCGGCCCGCCACCAUUUUCCACCCGGGUGAACAAUCAGACCCUGAGUUUCACGCAGAUGUGCUCGGAACUCGGCACCUCCGUGGUGUUGGUGCCCAUAAUAGCGGUGCUGGGGAACGUCGCGAUAGCCAAGGCCUUCGCGAACGACGGCAAGAUCGACGCCACGCAGGAGCUGCUGACCCUAGGCGUCUGCAACGUCCUCGGGUCCUGCGCGAGCUCGAUGCCAGUCACAGGCUCGUUCAGCAGGUCGGCGGUGAACCACGCAAGCGGCGUGAAGACACCGAUGGGCGGACUCUACACCGGUAUUUUGAUCCUGCUGGCCCUCAGCCUCCUAACACCGUAUUUCUACUUCAUCCCGAAAGCCUCGUUGUCGGCCGUGAUUAUUUGCGCGGUGAUAUACAUGAUCGAGUACGAGGUGGUCAAGUUGAUGUGGCGUUCGAGCAAGAAGGAUCUCAUACCGAUGUUCGUCACCUUCUCGUUCUGCCUCGUCAUCGGCGUGGAAUACGGCAUUCUGCUGGGGGUCGGCACGAAUCUCAUGUUUCUGUUGUAUCCCUCCGCGAGGCCGACCGUCCACGUCGACAAACGUACGACCGAUCAAGGCGCCGAAUAUUUACUGGUCACUCCGGGGAACAGCCUGUAUUUCCCGGCCGUCGACUUUAUCAAGCAGUCGGUCGGCAACGCCGGUAUAAAGCAAGGAUCUAGUCAGGUGCCGGUCAUCGUCGAUUGCCGAUACAUUUUAGGGGCGGAUUUCACAGCCGCUAAGGGUAUAAAAACGUUAAUUAACGAAUUCAGCGGUCGCAAACAGGCUUUGUAUUUUUAUAACCCGCGAUCGGACGUCGUUACCGUUCUGAAAGGCGCCUGCGGCGACGAAUUUCAGUACGUCUCCACUCAGGAAGAGCUAUCUUACCUGUUAUCGACCAUUCAAGACAAAUCUCCGCAACAGCUUAUCGACCAAAUGCACGACAAGUCGCACAUACCCAUGACAUUAGGUAACUCGGAGAUGGUGCAUCGGAACACACGUGGCUCCUGUCACGACCUCAGCGAGGUCACCAGUACCCUCUUGCACGCGACCGCCAGUUGAAAGUUAAUAAAAGCGGAUCGAGAUUCACAUUCAUCAAAAUUCUUACGUCGUGAUAUCUAUUUAUAUAUAUACAAAUAAAAAGCCGGACCGAAUGAAAAUAUCGGUCCGGUUCUGAUUUGCCAAAAUAUUUAAUAAAGCUUUCGGUUUCGGUUUUCUGAACAUUGAAAAUACCGGUAAAACGUUUAAAUUACGGUUCUUUUCGGUUCCGGUUCUUCAACUUGGUUUCCUUACUGACAUUUUUAUUGACACAUACAUAUAUAUAACCUGUACAAUAAUGUAUUAUAAAAAAUAAUAAUAUCACUUCCUCGAUGUAGAUGGCAUUUCUUCGCUAUUCCCAUCUUUUGCUCCGAUAUAUAAUAUUAUCCUCGUUAUUUGUAACCUUUUCCUAACGGAACAUGUAAAUUAUGUAGAUUCUCAGAAUGUUCGGAGAUUAUCUCGACAUUCUCCGAGCUUUCUCAGAAUAUACACGUUUCGUUAGAAUAAUUUGUACAAUUCGGCUUCAUUUGAUUGUCUUUCUAUUCAUUCCAAAUUAUAAUACGUUACUUCUUCUAUUAAUCCUUUUUCGUUCAAUAUCGCACGCCUGAAGUUCAUUCUCUAUUUGUUGCGAUAACUAAUCAACGUUCCGCUUUUUCAUGAGAACUAGAAUUUUAUUAUAAAUUAAAAGAAGAAAAGAAUUAUUAUUUAAAAUUACAGAACAAGAACCGAAAUAGUGAAAACCGAGAAGAACCGCAGACCGGAAAAAACAAUGUAACGGUACCGAUUUCGAUUCCGGUUUUGUGGGCUUUAUAAAAUUUCGGCACGGGUUACGGUUCCGGUCCGGGUCCCUGAAUUUAUAUACGCAUUUAUCAUAUUUGCCCCCCCCCCCUUCCCCCCUCACUCUUCUUUCCCUGUACUGGACCGAUCUUAUGUCUACGUCGAUGUGAGAAUAAAGAUGUCGAGGUGUUUUUUUUUUUCAAAUAUCCAAUAUAAUUGCAAUCCUUAUUUAACUGGCAUUAAGUACACACGAGACAAUAAGUUAAAAGCGACAUUGUUUUACAGAGAUAAUAAAGUUACUUCCUAAUGCAAAGUCUUUACGUUCCUACCGCUGCUUAGUACGAGGAGUGAAAUUUCCGGAAAUUUGGAAGUUGGAAGUGAAACCUUCAGUCCGCAACAUCGUUCCGUUCCGAUAUCUAACAUUUCCGAUCGUCGAUCGUCUCCAUAUAUAUUUGUAUAUACAUACAUACAUACAUACAUAUAUAUAUGCCCAUACAAUCGUUUCUUCCAACGUAGAUCUAUAACCGUACAAUGUAGCGAAGGCGUGCGUAUUAGAGUCCAUCACCAGAGAAAUUAUUGAUCGUUAGCAGAGAACGCAUAUUCAUUACAUACUCGAUUUAAAUGUAAAUUAUUACAGGUGUAACAGGUCGUAACGAUAGAGAGUAAAAUAUUGCACUCGGAAAAUUAUCCUUAUCUUCAAUAUAUAUUCGCUCUUAAAUGAAUGAGACGAAAAUUAUCUAUACAACGAAUAAGGAUAUGGAUGAUACAAAAAAAAAUAAAGGCGGUACGAAUCGCUUUCAGCUCUUCUUCUCUUCUUCAUCUGUUCCUCUUUCUCUCUGAUUUAGAAUUUCGCAUAGUACUCACUAAAGCCGGGGUCUGCAAUGAGAAUUUAAGCUUUAAGCCUUAAGAAAUUGACUAAUCACAAUUGAUUAUUCUUUUAUGAUUCGAUUGUGAUUGGUCAAUUUCUUAAAGCUUAAAGCAUCCAUUGUGGAACUAACUCAGAGCGAAAGUUUUUUAAAAAUUUAUCAACAUAUAAUAUUUUAAAAUAUAUAACGUUUUAAAAGACAUCUUUUGGAUGUCCGAGAGAAGCAGGACGUCUCUUAAACGUUUUAACAGUUUGCGCUGCAAUGGCGUUUCUUCUAGGUGUUAUGCUUUCACCAGCCAAAUAUGCACAUUACUAAUUACAAACUUGACUUGAUCUUGCCAGUUUUCUUUAUUACAAUACAAUAUUUAGAUAGCAGAAAUUACUAAAAGACAACUUAAAGACAAUUUAGAGACGUCUAAAUAUUUGGUAAAAAAUUAAUUUUUAUUCCCCAUCGUAGUAGGGAUGAUAGCCAUAAGUUUAUGUUACAGGUUAAUAAUUUUUCCGCUGUUUUUUUGACCUCAGAAACCUACAACGUCCGGAAUUAUAGCGACCAUGCAAAUGAAACUUUCAUUCAGCACUGUAUAAAAUUAUUUAUAACUUUAUUAAUAUUGAAUAUAAUAAUGUGUAGAAAUGAUUGUUUAUAUGUAAAAUAUAGAUAAAUAUUUGCACAAAACUUCAGAAUUACAUGUCUUAUAGGUUUUUAAAAAAAAAUUUCUAAACAUCAUCUAUAAAACGAUGUUCCGAACGAAAACACCAUCUUAAAGAGAUCGUAAGUUGAAAUGAGUUUGAUAAGAAUUCAACGAAAUUUUGUACUACAUAUAUACAUUGAAAUAUUAUCUAAUUGCUUGUGCGAUCAGAAAAUCGACUAUUUGAAAGUUCAUAUUUGAAACUAAAAUUGACACUUUUUACACGUGUUUUUUGGGAGGGUAACGUAUUGGUUUUAAUUUCUACUUUUAAUAUCUUUUAAACUGAAAAUAAGAUUUUGGUAAGAGACUACGAUGAUAUUAAAGACUAAUAUACAGGCAUUAUACACAAAUUUCAAAGUUAUUAACCGCCAUGUUUUGAAAACACAAAAGUGUAAAGUUUAUCAUUUACAAUAAUAAUACUCGAAAUGCAUUUAUACACACAU